AUGAUAAGAAACUAUCUUAAACUAAACCAGGACAAAACGGACCUUGUAGUCAUCAGUUCCAGAUUCCAUCCUAUGCCUGACAUCGGUCACAUUACUGUUGGUUCUGAGUGCAUUGCACCUCGUGACUCUGUUCGUAAUUUAGGGGUUCAGUUUUAUAGCAUAUUCAGUUUUGAGGAGCACAUUAAGAACAUUUGUAAAUCAUCAUUCUAUCAUUUGAGAAAUAUUGCUAAAAUCCGCAAGUACUUAAGCCAAGAUACAUGUAAAAUCUUAGUCCAUGCAUUUAUUAGUUCGAAACUUGAUCACUGUAAUUCCUUAUUACAUGGCCUUCCUAAGUAUCUGUUAGCUAGACUACAGGCAGUUCAGAAUGCUGCAGCUCGUGUUGUCACACUGACACCGAAGCAUGUUCAUAUAACUCCUAUUUUAAUUAAUCUUCAUUGGUUACCAGUUGAGUUUAGAAUAACUUUUAAAGUCCUUUUAUUGGUAUACAAGGCCCUUCAUGGCCUUGCACCUUCUUAUAUUUCUGACCUUUUGAAUUUUAAAACAUACUCUAGGUCAUUGCGUUCUUCAUGUAAAGAAUAUUUAGUGGUUCCAAGAAGCAGAUUGAAAACAUAUGGAGACAGAGCUUUCUCUAUUGCAGGACCUAAAUUGUGGAACGAUUUACCUCUAGAGAUUAGGAAAUGUGCUUCAGUGGCAACUUUUAAGCAAUCCCUUAAAACUUUUUUAUUUAAGUUAGCAUAUAGGUUAUGA